GAGAACCGGGUUGGGAAGGGCAACUGACAGUCGUUCUGCCCCUCACCCUCAGCUGGAACUACAAGCCCCAGAAGGCUUUGCGCCAAGGCCAUUGGCCCCUGACCUCACGGACGGAAACCAUUGUUGCCUGGCAACAGCAAACCCGUCGGGUGGCUGUAGUGGGCGGCAAAACCGCUCUGGUGAGCCCCUUGCCCGAGUGAGGAGCCUGCCAACCGUACAGAGAGGUGGGCUGAGAGCAGAGGUAGCGAGCGCGGGGUGGGGGCCGGGAACGCAGACAGGGCACGGCUGAGGUUAGGACCCGGGCCCUGGAAGGAGGCACUGGGCUGAGAAGCGGGGUUUGGCGCCAGAGACGCGUAGCCCGGCAGGCCUCAGGUGCACCGUUUGCAGGACGACGACGGCAGUAUGUGUGAGGGUCCGUCCCGCAUCUCGGGGCCCAUCCCCCCAGACCCUACGCUCUGUCCUGACUACUACCGGAGGCCGUCUUCGGCCCAAGGGCGCCUUGAGGGAAAUGCGCUGAAGCUGGACCUGCUGACGCCGGACACGGACCGGGACCUAGACGCCACCCCUCCCCGCGCCCCCCGCAUCCGUCCGGGAGGCCUAGAAAUCCUGGAGCGUGGCCGUCGCGGCGUGGGUGGUGUGCUGCUGCAGCUCGGGGGUAUCUCCCUAGGCCCAGGGGCCUCUCCCAAGAGGAAGGACCCCAAAGAUCAUGAGAAGGAGAACAUGAGGCGGAUCAGGGAGAUCCAGAGGCGAUUCCGUGAGCAGGAGCACAGCCGGGAGCAGGGCCAGUCCAGGCCCCUAAAGGCCCUGUGGCGCUCACCCAAGUAUGACAAAGUGGAGUCGCGUGUCAAGGCUCAGCUGCAGGCCCCAGGCCCGGGUGUGGACUUCAUUACCCACAAUGCUCGCACUGCCAAGAGGGCCCCCCGGCGGCAUUCUCGCUCACUGCAAGUCCUGGCACAGGUGCUGGAGCAGCAACGGCAAGCCCAGGAGCACUACAACGCCACACAGAAGGGUCACGUGCCCCAGUACUUGUUGGAGCGCAGGGACCUGUGGCGGCGGGAGGCUGAGGCUCGUCAGCACAGCCAACCGGACCCGGCCAUGCCCCCUGGCCACACUCGCAUGCCUGAGAAUCAGCGGCUGGAGACACUGAGCAGUCUGCUCCAGAGCCAGAGCCAGCUGCUGCGUGAGCUGGUGCUGCUGCCUGCGGGGGCGGAUUCACUGAGGGCCCAGAGCCACCGUGCUGAGCUGGACCGGAAGCUGGUGCAGGUAGAGGAGGCCAUCAAGAUCUUUUCCCGCCCCAAAGUCUUUGUGAAGAUGGAUUCCUGAGCCCUUUUAUGGGGACAGUGACUGGGUCUUACUGAAGGUGGCAGCAUGGUUGCAAAGGGCAGGAUUGGGCCCCAUCAUAGAGUGGAGUUCGAAGACAGGAGCAGUGGAGAGGGGGCAGUGUCCCCAGAGCCCUCUUCCCAGCCGCUGGUGGCUGUGGAAGGGCCAUCCCAGCCUCGUAACCCUUUAUCAAAAUUAAACCUUUUGUACACAGUG